UUAAGGAAAACAAUACAGUUUAUAUUUGUAACAUAGAUCAAUGCUGAAUGAACAGAUGUUAAUAUGUGUGUAUAUAUAUGGAUAUAUGAAUUAAAUACAGUAUGUGUGUAUGAGAAAAUAUAUCGGUUGAUAUUAUACUAUGAGACUUUAAAAUAUGCCACGUCACGAAAAUAGCUUACACUGCACUGUAGUGAAUUCCUUAUUAAAAUUAUAAAAGGGAGUAACCUAGAAAAGUAUUGAUAAAAGUUGAUAAAUAGACUAAAGUGAGACGGAAAAUUAAAACUGUUUAUAUCUUUGGAUUUCUAAUAAGCCACACAUAGGUUUAGAUAACGUGAUGUUAUUGUCCGGAAACAAAUUAUUUUAAGUGCAGGAUAGAAAAAGGGAUCUAACGUAACCUAUAGAACGUCUAGUAUUGGUAGAGGAUAUAUUUGAAGUAUAAUGUUGGAAAUACACUGUUUGGAUUUUGGAGUUAUCAAAACACAUUGAUAUAUAUCAAAGAUGACCGAUAUAAAAAUAAGCUGUUAAGGAUAGAGGAAGGCACUGGCUGAGUUAGGACUUAAACAUAGGCGCCUGCAAUGUCCCUUUCAUGGAAAUGAAUAAAUAACAAUGACCAGCAAACAUAAAGACAGGAAGAUGAAAAGAAUCGAAGAGGAAGGUCAAGAAAAUGGAAUCCGGCUGCACAGAACAAAUUGUGAUUCGUUAUAUAGAUGGUCAAUGUGGCGGAUGUAUCUGAACGAGGAAUUAUCUCGCGUGAUCACCGCGAGACAAGACAAUCAUGACUACUCACAUUCUCUAACUAGUAUUACUGCGCCCUAUAUCAGACAUCCAGACGGACUGAAACAUGGCAAUCACAUGAAAAGACUGUACAGACGAAAUAUAAGUCACUCAGGUACCAGUGGAGAUAUACUGCCGGACAAUGUGUAUCUUGUGUACGGUUUACCGCGGGUCUCUUUAAGUAAACGUAUUCCGGAAGGUGUUCAAAAGUUACACGACUCUAUUCAUGAACUAGAUCUUCUGCAAAUGCAACGAGAAAAACGGUCCGAAGACCUUAUUGGUACAGACGAACAAAUUUCUAAACUAUUUGACUUUGUAUCGUCUAAUGAAAUUGACCAUAGCAAUCAGCAAAGCGAUAAACGUCAUGACCAAACUGAAGUAUACCAACAUGACAACAAUGCUAAUGUUAAUGAUACUAAUCGACUUGUACAAAAUCAAAAUGUUACCAAUACAAAUGACGGUGAUACAGUUGAGAUUGACGUUCUUUCAAAUGGCAAUACAAAAACUGAAGAUGGGCGCAAUAUCAAUUUAACAACAAAAAGUGACAGACAUAUUCCACCAGUUAGUAAAAGUCGUCUGUUUUGGGAAAGGUUGGCAAAUAAAAAAACAGAAAUAAUCGAUAUGGAAAAUGACAAAGCAGGCGUGAAAGAAAAUAAUGAAUAUACCGUUAUUUCAGACGAAAUUCUCCAAAAACAACAGAAGCUUUUGAAGAAGCCUCUUCCGAAACGAACAAGUAGAGACCUUUGGCGCACAUUGAGAGAAAGGAAAGGACAGAGAUAUUACAACUCCGCGAGAUGAGUUCUGGCCAGACCAACGAGCAAAGAAAUAUCACAAAUCCAGUGAGAAGACGUGAGAGUAGGACAAGUCAACUUUGGGGCUUUAUUUUUCAUAAAAAGAAAGAACUGGUCCAUAUGAAACGUGGACAUAAGGUACCAAGUAGCGAUGUUUCAAAAACACAAAAUGGACACGUAAAGAAGGAACAAAUGGCGGUUUCGAACGAGUCCAAAGUAAAUAUUUCACCGCGUAACUUUGAAGAUUCGUUUCAAAAAGAACUAGCAGAGAAAUUGAGAAGACGACGUGACAAUAUGCUACCUGCAUCUGAUAAUUCAUGAUAUAUAAGUAACAAUGUUGUCUUUGUAACUAAUAUAUGUAACUAUGUGUAAAAUAAUGUCUUCCUUUAAACCUUCUGAGUGUUAUUUAUGAAUAGUAUCAUAUUUGUUACUGUAAUGGAAGGUUGACUUAAUUCAUUCUCCAACAGUAUUC